GAAGAAGAACUAGAACCUCAAACAGAAAAUGUACCUAUUGAAGUUGUAUCGCCUACUCCAACACUAGAGGAAGAAGAAACAAAACCACAAACUGAAAAUGUACCUAUUGAAGUGGUAACUCCUACACCAACACCAAAGGAAAAAGAUCCAGAACCUCAAACCGAAAACAUACCUAUUGAAGUAGUAUCUCCUACGCCAGAACCACAAACUGAAAAUGUACCUAUUGAAGUGGUAACUCCUACACCAACACCCGAGGAAGAAGAAUCAGAACCUCAAACCGAAAAUGUACCUAUUGAUGUUGUACCGCCUACUCCAACACUGGAGGAAGACGAAACAGAACCACAAACUGAAAAUGUACCUAUUGAAGUGGUAACUCCUACACCAACACCAGAGGAAGAAGAAACAGAACCACAAACUGAAAAUGUACCUAUUGAAGUGGUAACUCCUACACCAACACCAGAGGAAGAAAAACCAGAGCCUCAAACCGAAAAUGUACCUAUUGAAGUUGUUUCGCCUACUCCAACACUAGAGGAAAAAGAACUAGAACCUCAAACCGAAAACAUACCUAUUGAAGUAGUAUCUCCUACGCCUGAACCACAAAUUGAAAAUGUACCUAUUAAAGUGGUAACUCCUACACCAACACCAGAGGUGGAAGAACCAGAACCUCAAACCGAAAAUGUACCUAUUGAAGUUGUAUCGCCUACUCCAACACUAGAGGAAGAAGAAACAGAACCACAAACUGAAAAUGUACCUAUUGAAGUGGUAACUCCUACACCAACACCAGAGGAAGAAGAAUCAGAUCCUCAAACCGAAAAUGUACCUAUUGAAGUUGUAUCGCCUACUCCAACACUAGAGGAAGAAGAACCAGAACCUCAAACCGAAAACGUACCGAUUGAAGUAGUAUCUCCUACGCCACCACCAAAGAAAGAAGAACCAGAACCUCAAACCGACAAUGUGCCUAUUGAAGUGGUAACAUCUGCACCAGAACCUUAUACUGAAAAUGUACCUAUUCAAGUUUUUACUACUACGCCAGUACCAAAUAAGAAAACUACUCGUUCACCAUCGAGUGACAGGAAUCCAGGUUCUAGAACUUCAACAACUUCUUCUCCAGCAAGAAAUACAUUGAUUCUAAUAUCGACAAUUCAAGAUAUUGGGAACUGCGUUGGAUCUUGUCCUAAGUUCAAUGGUUGCAAUUCAGUUUAUUUAGCUCACCGUAAUUGUGAAAAAUUUUGUCAAUGUUCUAAUGGUCGUCCGAUUGUGAUGGAUUGUCCUGCAAAACUGCAUUUUAAUAUUAGACUUAAUGUGUGCGAUUAUCCCAGAAGAGCUGGUUGUCCAGAGAUUAAAACUAUACCCCCUACAAAUAACUGUAGAUCGUCACCAAAAGUUACUACUAGAACACCUAAAUAUCAGGGAAUUUCCAUCAUUCGUCAAUCCGAACGUUUAGAAACACCACAUAAUUACAACUUUAAGGUGUCUACAGAACAAGACUCUGAUUAUUGUAAAGGAUAUUGUCCCAGAAUUGAUGGUUACAAUUCGGUAUAUUUACCUCAUGUCAAUUGCAGAAAAUUCUGUCAAUGUUUCAUAGGUCACGCGGUCGUAUUUGAUUGUCCGGGUAAUUUACAUUUCAAUACCAAGCUAAAUGUUUGUGAUUGGCCUCAAAAUGCUGGAUGUACGGGAGUGCAAAAUCCGAAUAAUCAAUUCUCUGUAGAAUCGAAUAUUAGUUUAAAAUAUUGUCAGGGAACGUGCUCACAAUUUGUCAUUUACAGUUCCACGUAUAUGCCAAACGCAUUCUGUAAUAGAUUUUGCCAGUGUGCUAACGGUCGUCCCCACGUGUUUGAAUGUCCUCAGCAUUUACAUUUCAAUCCUAAGCUUAACGUGUGUGAUUGGCCUCACAACGCUCAAUGUACUGGUAUUGGUGGACUUGGUAAAAAAUGGUAUUUAUGAAAGUU